UUCAGAAGUUCAGAUAGCGCGCCAGAGCCGGUGACUUCGGUUGGCCGCUGCAGAGAGUGCGCGGCUGAUCCGUCAAAACUCUGGCUCAGGGGCCUGGUCGUGUAUAAGAGGACUAGCGUCCACCUAGUCCUCCUGGUCCAGAAACACUACCAUCAAAAUGAGUUACGCUUCAUUCAAAGUGCCCGCCAUUAGCAAUGAGCCGAUGCUCAACUACGCGCCUGGCAGCGAGGAGCGUCAGAAACUUGUCAAGGCGCUUGAUGAGCUGAAGGCUCGCGGCGUCGUCGAGGUGCCACUCAUCAUCGCCGGCGAACAGGUGAAAUCAGCCACCGUUCUUGAGCAAGCAAUGCCACACGAUCAUAAGAAGGUUCUUUGUAAGUACUAUGGCGCAGAGGAGAAGCAUGUCCACCGCGCAAUUGAAUCUGCCCUUGCUGCACGAGAAUCGUGGGCAAGUCUCGCUUGGGCUGACCGCGCCGCCAUCUUUCUCAAGGCGGCCGACUUGGUUGCGAAGAAGUAUCGCUACCAGAUCAUGGCAGCCACGAUGCUGGGUCAGGGAAAAAACGCUUGGCAGGCGGAAAUCGAUUCCGCUGCAGAGCUUGCAGACUUUCUAAGAUUCAAUGUCAAGUACGCCGAGCAGCUUUAUGCCACACAACCUCCAGAGAACACACCGGGUAGCUGGAACAGAGUUGAGUAUCGUCCACUCGAAGGGUUUGUCUACGCAGUUGCUCCAUUCAACUUUACCGCCAUUGCCGGAAACCUGGUGGCUGUCCCUGUUCUGAUGGGAAAUGUGGUCAUUAUGAAGCCUUCGCCCUCGGCGACCUUGUCAAACUAUCUUGUCCGCAACAUUUUGAUUGAGGCUGGUGUGCCGGAGAACGUUAUUCAGUUUGUUCCAGGCGAUGCGGAGCUCAUUACCAAGACUGUCUUCGCACAUCGCGAGUUUGCAGCUCUGCACUUCACAGGCUCUACGGCCAUCUUCAAGAAAUUGUGGAAGCAGAUGGCAGACAAUCUUGCAGCCGAUGUCUAUCGCGGAUAUCCACGAGCUGUUGCAGAGACUGGAGGAUGUAACUUCCACUUGGUCCACCCGACUACCCACAUCGGUAACGCAGUCUUGCAAUCAGUGCGCGCCGCAUUCGAAUACCAAGGCCAGAAGUGCUCUGCAUUGUCGCGUUUGUAUGUCGCCAAGAGUGUGUGGGAAAAGGGUUUCAAGGCGCAGUUCAUUAGUGCUACUGAGGCUCUCAAGAUUGGCACCGUUGAGGACUUCACGAACUUCAAUGGUCCGGUCAUUCACAAGGCGUCUUUCGACCGACUGAAGGGAGUCAUUGACUCGAUCGAGGGUGACUCGAAAUUGACACUGCUGGCCGGUGGCAAGUACGAUGAUUCGGUCGGCUACUUUGUGCAUCCAACCAUCGUCGAGAGCAGCGACCCGCGCCACUCUAUCUUCUCGACAGAAUACUUCGGUCCAUUUAUGGCUGUCUACGUCUACGAAGACUCUGAGCUAGAGGCGACCAUCUCGCUGAUCGAAUCCAGCACUGACUAUGCACUGACGGGCGCCAUCUUCGCUCAGGAUAGACUCGUGGUCUCCGAACUGACGAGACGACUAGUCAACGCCGCCGGCAAUUUCUACAUCAACGACAAAUGUACAGGCGCAGUCGUUGGCCAGCAACCGUUUGGUGGAGCACGCGCUAGUGGUACGAACGAUAAAGCAGGUGCUCAAUCCAUCCUGGCCCGAUUCGUUUCACCACGCUCAAUCAAGGACAAUUUCAUUGAUCUCGAGAAUGUCUACUACCCUUCUAACGCUUAAUGUUCUACUUUAAAUAGCGUGUUUCAGAGUUUCGUUAGCAAUGACAAUUCCACUUUGCGUUUA